CAGCGCCGGCGCUGCUGUGCUAUCCACGGCAGAGCGAGGCAGGCAGCCAGCCCGAGCUUGCGGACCGACCCCCGGAGGCUGAGCGCCGCUACCACCAAGGGUGACUUCUCUUGCCUGUCGCCGGGAUAGUGGAGAGGGCUGACAGGCCGACUCUUCCUGAGCCUGUCCGAGUGACAGAGGAACGGGCUGAGCCGCGAGCAGCCGGGGUAGGAAGCGGCGGUCAGAGGGGCAGGCGGGCGGCCAGAGGACGCAGACCCAGACCCGAGGCGGAGGCGGACUGUGAGCCGGCCAUGUCGGUGGUGGGGCUGGACGUGGGCUCGCAGAGCUGCUACAUCGCGGUGGCCCGGGCCGGGGGCAUCGAGACCAUAGCCAACGAGUUCAGUGAUCGGUGCACCCCAUCAGUUAUAUCAUUUGGAUCAAAAAAUAGAACAAUUGGAGUUGCAGCCAAAAAUCAGCAUAUAACUCAUGCAAACAAUACGGUGUCUAACUUCAAGAGAUUUCAUGGCCGAGCAUUCAGUGACCCCUUCAUUCAAAAAGAGAAGGAAAACUUAAGUUAUGAUUUGGUUUCAUUGAAGAAUGGUGGAGUUGGAAUAAAGGUAACGUACAUGGAUGAGGAACACCUGUUCAGUGUGGAGCAGAUAACAGCCAUGUUGUUGACUAAGCUGAAGGAAACUGCUGAAAACAACCUCAAGAAACCAGUAACAGAUUGUGUUAUUUCAGUUCCCUCCUUCUUUACAGAUGCUGAGAGGCGGUCUGUAUUAGAUGCUGCACAGAUUGUUGGCUUAAACUGUUUAAGACUUAUGAAUGAUAUGACAGCUGUUGCUUUGAACUACGGAAUUUACAAGCAAGAUCUCCCAAGCCUGGAUGACAACCCUCGGAUAGUAGUUUUUGUUGAUAUGGGACACUCAGCUUUUCAAGUGUCUGCCUGUGCUUUUAACAAGGGAAAAUUAAAGGUGCUGGGAACAGCUUUUGAUCCUUUCUUAGGAGGAAAAAACUUUGAUGAAAAAUUAGUGGAAUAUUUUUGUGCAGAGUUUAAAACUAAGUACAAGUUGGAUGCAAAAUCCAAAAUACGAGCACUCCUUCGUCUGUAUCAGGAAUGUGAAAAACUGAAAAAGCUAAUGAGCUCUAACAGUACGGACCUACCACUGAAUAUUGAAUGCUUCAUGAAUGACAAAGAUGUUUCAGGAAAGAUGAACAGGUCACAGUUUGAAGAACUUUGUGCUGAACUUCUGCAAAAGAUAGAAGUACCCCUUCAUUCAUUAAUGGAACAAAUUCAGCUCAGAGUAGAAGAUGUGAGUGCUGUUGAGAUAGUGGGAGGCGCUACUCGAAUUCCAGCUGUGAAAGAAAGAAUUGCCAAGUUCUUUGGAAAAGAUACCAGCACAACACUCAAUGCAGAUGAAGCGGUAGCCCGAGGCUGUGCUCUGCAGUGUGCAAUCCUUUCUCCGGCAUUUAAAGUGAGAGAAUUUUCUGUCACGGAUGCAGUUCCUUUUUCAAUCUCUCUGAUUUGGAACCAUGAUUCAGAAGAUACUGAAGGAGUUCAUGAAGUAUUUAGUCGGAACCAUCCUGCUCCUUUCUCCAAAGUUCUCACUUUCUUGAGAAGGGGGCCUUUUGAGUUAGAAGCUUUCUAUUCUGAUCCUCAAGGCGUUCCAUACCCAGAAGCUAAAAUAGGCCGUUUUGUAGUUCAGAAUGUUUCUGCACAGAAAGAUGGAGAAAAAUCCAGGGUGAAAGUCAAGGUGCGAGUCAACACCCAUGGCAUCUUCACCAUCUCCACAGCAUCCAUGGUGGAGAAGGUGCCCGCUGAGGAGAAUGAAGGGCCUUCUGUGGAAGCAGACAUGGAGUGUCUGAAUCAGAGGCCACCAGAAAACUCAGACACUGAUAAAAAUGUCCAGCAAGACAACAGUGAAGCUGGAACACAGCCCCAGGUACAAACUGAUGGUCAACAAACCUCACAGUCACCCCCUUCACCUGAACUUACCUCAGAAGAAAACAAAAUCCCAGAUGCUGACAAAGCAAAUGAAAAAAAAGUUGACCAGCCUCCAGAAGCUAAAAAACCCAAAAUAAAGGUGGUGAAUGUUGAGCUACCUAUUGAAGCCAACUUGGUCUGGCAGUUAGGGAAAGACCUGCUUAACAUGUAUAUUGAGACAGAGGGUAAGAUGAUAAUGCAAGAUAAAUUGGAAAAAGAAAGGAAUGAUGCUAAAAAUGCAGUGGAGGAAUAUGUGUAUGAGUUCAGAGACAAGCUUUGUGGACCAUAUGAGAAGUUCAUGUGUGAACAGGAUCAUCAGAAUUUUCUGAGACUCCUCACAGAGACUGAAGACUGGCUCUAUGAAGAAGGAGAAGACCAAGCUAAACAAGCGUAUGUGGACAAGUUGGAGCAGUUAAUGAAAAUUGGCACCCCAGUUAAAGUUCGAUUUCAAGAAGCUGAAGAACGGCCAAAAAUGUUUGAAGAACUAGGACAGAGGCUGCAGCACUAUGCCAAGAUAGCAGCUGACUUCAGAAAUAAGGAUGAGAAAUACAACCAUAUUGAUGAGUCUGAAAUGAAAAAAGUUGAGAAAUCUGUGAAUGAAGUGAUGGAGUGGAUGAAUAAUGUCAUGAAUGCUCAGGCUAAAAAGAGUCUCCAUCAGGAUCCAGUUGUGCGUGCUCAGGAAAUUAAAGCAAAAAUCAAGGAAUUGAACAACACUUGUGAACCUGUUGUAACACAGCCCAAACCAAAAAUCGAGUCGCCCAAACUGGAAAGAACUCCAAAUGGCCCAGAUAUUGAUGGAAAGGAAGAAGAUUUAGAAGGCAAAAAUAAUUUUGGUGCCGAACCUCCACAUCAGAAUGGUGAAUGCUACCCUAAUGAGAAGAAUUCUGUUAAUAUGGAGUUGGACUAAAUAACAUUAAAUUGGCUUCUAUGCCUUCAAAUUAAUAAAAUAUUUUUGCCAUAGUAUGUGAUUCUAACAUAACAUACUAAGACUAUUUAUAUUUUCUUUUUUUAAGGAUGUUUAGAAAUUUGUGUAUUAUAUGGAAAAAGAAAAAAAAUGCUUAAGUCUGUAGUCUUUAUGAUCCUAAAAGGGAAAAUUGCCUUGGUAACUUUCAGAUUCCUGUGGAAUUGUGAAUUCAUACUAAGCAUUUGUAUCACUGAGGAUGAAAUUGACUUUUGUCUUGGAGGGAAAAAAAUCUGUACUGCUUGUUGUAAGAGGGCUGUGAUUAAAAUCUUAACGCAUUUGUUCCUGCCAAGGUAGUUUUCUUGCAUUGCUCUCCAUUGCAGCAUGUGUGUGGGUGUGGAUGUUUAUAAACAAGACUUAAGUCUGAUUUCAUAAGGGCUUUCUACAAUCAGUUCUGUCCAAUAGAAUAAUAUGACCUUUUGCUUUCAUAUUAAAAAUUUGAUGAGUAAAACAAAAGCUAGUGAAAUGUGUUAGCAGCAUGCUGAACAAAAACUUUAAAGUUCUCUCUCACUAUACAGUACAUUGUCAAUGUGUAUGUGUGAAACGAAGGAAAUGUUAAUCCUGUUGUAACUGAUGGUGAAAACUUCUAUGAGCUUUAAAAUAAAGUUCAUCCUAUGGUGUCAUUU